GCGCAGUGAUCGUCGCCAACGCUCCCCGACUUACGUACACGUUCAGGAUACAUCUUUUUUUUUUUAGGUACAGUAAUUCGGACUUUCUAAACUUCCGAACACUUGUCGAUUUAAUGAAACGCAGAUAUGAUGCCAUCUUGCGGUCAUUCAUAUUUGCUGUGAAACUGGAAUUUUUUUUCAUUGGCUGCUCCAAGCAUGGCGUAAUACGCGUGAAUGAGGAAAUGAAGAAAAACAAUCGUAGAUCGCAUCUACGCGUACGUUGUAAGUUUUACUAGUGUUAUUUUCUUUUCCAACGAAUGUUUCUAAUUUUCAGCUACAUUUAGUAAACGAACCCGGUGUGUGUUUACCCGCUGAUGUGUCUUCGCCGAGUGUGCCUUUUCAGAGUUCACAAAUGAGUGACUUUAAAAGCUUCCUGAUUUUUGGGGGAAUAGGAUCCAGUUUUGCAUGUUCAGGGCUGUUCUAUCAUUUAUACAAAGAGAAGAAAAAGGAGCUGAUCAAGCUGAAGGAAAUCCCAGUAUUCCGGCCAGAUCAGCAUUUGGCCACACUGCUGAAAUCAUCUCCUCGCGGGAGGCUCCAAUAUGUCGCAGUAGAAGGCCUGGUUGAGGCAGAUGAGAAGCCUCUUUCCAGCAAAUUUGUCCCAAGGUGCUAUGGUGUACUACAGAAGAUCAAAGUCGUGGAACAUGCAGAAUACUGGAAUUCUCUCUCUAAAACAUGGAGCUCUCGGCCGACGAGCAGGAAAGAAACCAACAACUCUGUGCCCUUCUCUCUCAUCUGUCCCGGCUCCUACGUCUCUGACUUUCAUGUGCGUGUUCAAGACCCCGUAGAGGGCUCAGGUUAUUUACUGGAGAGGGUUUACCACCGAGUGAGACAAGCCGAGGAGGGCUUGGUGAACGUGGUCUUGCAAGGCAUCAGCGGGGAGCGAGCGGUGGCGAUGGAGGAGAGCGAAGAGAUGCUGCGCGUGGGGAGCAACCUGACUGUGUUUGGGGAGGUGGUCCUGGAGCGGGGGCACGGGAAGGUGCAGGCCCCGAAAGAUGGCCGAGAGUACCUCCUGGUUCCAACUGACUACAAGAGCUUCAUCGAGCGGCACGAGAGAUCGGCCGACAUGUGGAAGAUGCUGACGGCCCUGACGGGCAUGAUUGGAGCCUCCGUACUCGCUGGUGUGAUAUAUGACACGGUGGGAAAAGACGAUAGAUCCAAAUAGAUGUACCAUGAGAGUGAUUGCAAUUUUGUCUCAGGUUUGUUUCGCAUUUUUUGAAUUUUUUUUCUUUGCGACAUGGCUUAUUUCUACUGGUUGGAUGAAAAUGUGUCAGAUGCAGCUCUUAAUGAAUUUAUCAGGGAUGGGGGAUAUAGUCCUGAAACACUCCACAAAAUCUGAAAUUGGAAGCAAUUAUAGCUGUGGCCCAAUGUAGUAUUUCUGUGCGUAUGGUCGGCUCCACAGCCAGGUGUCCCGAUACCGUUGAUAAAUUUUAUGACCUCCAUGUGGGAUUUUGUGGGUUUCAUUCACGAUCACUCCUGUCAGUCAUACCUUGGUUUUCGACCAUAAUCCGUUCAGAAGGCUGUUCGAAAACCGAAACCAUGCUCUUU